AUGACCCAGCGGAUGGACGGCAUGCUCCUGGAUGCGGCCACUGAAUGAUAUACCGCAUGCUUGCAUAUGGGCGGCUGAUGUAUCUUUGCCUGUCGGCCGCGAUCCAGAUCUGCUAUUGCUCUGCUCUGGUAUAGCAUCCACCGCAAUUUCAUGGAAGUUUGGCAUUUUUGCAAAACAUGGCAUCGGACAAUGAAGUCAAAACGCUGCUGAAUUUCGUCAACCUGGCAUCAUGUGAUAUCAAGGCAGCUUUGGAUAAGUCAGCCCCUUGCAGGAGGUCUGUGGACCACAGAAAAUAUUUGCAGAAGCAACUGAAAAGAUUUUCCCAGAAAUAUUCCAGGCUGCCCAGAUGCCACUCAAGCAAAACCGUGGAGUUGAGGAAAGGAAUUGUAGACAGAAUCCAUUCUGCAACUCACAGCAAAGGACUCGGUGGAAAAGUCAUGGGUGCAGUAAAGGCUGAUGAGGGCAUUAUUGGGGACAUGUGCUCUCAGGAAAACAGCAGUGAGGGAGGAAGACAGGACCAGGUUCCCAUGAGAAAGAGGCAGCUUCCAGCAUCUUUCUGGGAAGAGCCCAGACCUCCCAACAAUCUCCUGGAGAUGUCUUGCCCUUCCAGACUAGAUAUUAUUUACCAAAAUAGGACUGAAACUUCUUUUCCUGGUUAUGAGGGUAAAAAAGGGAAAAACGUACUGAUUCAGGGCACAUCUGGUACUGGCUGUGUCCAUCCCACAGGAGAAAAGGAGGCUGGAAAAGUGCCCAUCAUAGCAUCCCUCGCUGAACGAGUCAAUGCCUGUGGUUGCUGUCCACUUCAGUACCAUGGACAACAAGCCAUGUACCAGCAAAGCCAUGGCAUCCACCCUCUCAACCCAUUCACUGCCCUGGCCCUGUGGAGCAAAAACACAACAGUUCCCACUGUGGAAAUUCAGCACUUGUGUAAGGAUUCCGGCCAAAGGAUAUAUAGACACGUGGUUCUGAAACCCAUUCCCACCAAGCCGGCAGUCCCAUCCUCCAUAUUCAAUGUUUUUGGAUAUAUUUAAGAACGAUGGGACCCUAGAGUAAUCUAUUGAGGAUGCUUAAGAUUUGUGUCUCUCCAAACUCAUAUAUACAGAGCCUGCUGAGAUGCCCUUCAGCUAAAUUCUGCUUCAUACAUGGACCUGCGGGGACAGUUUACACUCCUCUGAGGAUGCCCCAUGUACUGCUCUGUGCAGACAUGGAUGAUGUGAAUGUUAUGCCUAGGACACCGUCCUAUGUUAUCUGUGCAGAUUGUAUUGUGAUGUUUUGCUCAGCAGGUUAUUACAAUAUGUGUGUACUAGGCAAAGAAAUGUACUUAUUUUUAUGACAAGAACCUGAAAUUCUGUGUUGAACCCCCCGUAAAGUGUGUAAAUAUUGUACUUAUUCUGUGUCAGAAACGUUGAUAUGAUGCCUAAAUGUGUUACAUGUAGGAGCAAUGCAGAAUAAACACA